ACUAUUUACACACAAAUAUCUGACAAUAAAUAGUUAAAAUCGAGUUUAACGAAAGAUUCAGAUCCUUAUUCUUCUCCACCGGAUCUCGAUAUCGGAGAAUUAGCCAAACGAUGGCCGCCGACGGAAUAUUCCGCAGCAUCUUCGAAGGUUGUAUCUCCGGCCUUGAUUCCGCCAUCGAGCGGCGUCCUUACCACAAAAACUGCGGAUGUGCUCUCCACGAUAAAUCAAGCGGCGCUGGGAAAAAUCAAAAUCAACGACGGCCGCCGUCUUGUCGCCGCCACGGAAGCUCAGAGAGCAUUUCGUUUCCGAUCCGACGGUCUUGGAGCGAAGGCAACAUCAUGGCUAUGAAUCUCUUCUCCUCAUCGUCGUCUUCUUCUAAUCUCCAAUCGCUUUCGUCGUCUUCUUCUCUCUCAAAUCUGGCAUCAGAUUUACCGGUGGAUGAUGCUGCGACGGAGGAACCGAGCAGAUCUAGUAAGCAGCUACGAUGGACGAUUGACGUCGUCAUUACUCCUAAACGACGUCGUAACAAAAACGUAACAAUUUCCUUUUUCUUUUUGGUAACAUGUAUAAAAGAAAUUUCCUUUUUUAUUGAUCGAGUGAUUUCCAUAUUUUAAUAUAACAUGUGUAUAAAAGAAAUUUCCUUUUUGUUUUUCCGAAACGACCUAACAUCUCCUCUGCUUAUAAAUAUAGUCGUAGUCUCUUUUUACUUCUUCGAGAGAAAUCAAAAUUGUAUCCCGAGAGAGAAAGUUCUAAAGCAAGCAUAAGCAAAAUUGUAUCCC